AUGGACGUUGGCUUUGUUGCCCCUGGCGUCUUCCAGCUGAGCCUCGAUUUCCUUCUCCGACAGCUGCGUAUCCGUGAUGAUCAGUUCAUCGCUCAAAGUCAAAUGCUUAUUCAAUUGCUUGGGCUGGGUUACGGCGCCUUACAUGUCAUUCUGGGACCAAAGCUCGGCACUUGCAGAAAAAUUAUGGUUCAGAGUGCGGGGGUCCGCGAAAAUGCACGCGACGUAUUUGCCAAUAUCCCUGGAGUCUGUCAUACCGGAAAGCACAGUCCUGUCGCCUGCGAUUCAGUCUUUGAACAACGAGGACGCAAGUACGUCAAUCUUGCCUGA